UGUCCGAGCGGCCACAGUCACUGAGAACCGAUAGAGAAAUGUGUCACCCGUGUACGGAGGAGGCGAGACACACCAGUGUUAAAAACACAGAUAAACCAUCAUGAUUCCCAUCACAGAGCUUCGGUACUUUGCUGACACCCAGCCAACAUACCGCAUCCUGAAGCCAUGGUGGGACGUUUUCACCGACUACAUCUCAAUCAUCAUGCUGAUGAUCGCGGUGUUCGGCGGGACGCUUCAGGUCACGCAGGACAAGAUGAUCUGCCUGCCUUGCAAGUGGAUCCUCAACGACACUUGCGAUGCCAUGCCAAAUGCGACAGGCGCCUACGCCCCAGUGCCAAAAGGCAUUCAAUACGACCUGGAUCGACACCAGUACAACUAUGUCGACGCCGUCUGCUACGAGAACAAGCUGCACUGGUUUGCUAAAUAUUUCCCUUAUCUGGUGCUGCUCCACACUCUCAUCUUCCUGGCCUGCAGCAACUUCUGGUUCAAAUUCCCACGCACGAGCUCCAAACUGGAACACUUUGUCUCCAUCCUCCUCAAGUGCUUUGACUCGCCGUGGACAACGAGGGCUUUGUCUGAAACCGUGGUGGAGGAGAGCGACCCCAAACCGGUGGGGAAAACGAACGGCUCCAUGGAUAAGAAGGCGUCGAGCGUGAGCGAGGAUGUCGAGGCCAGCAUUCCCAUGCUCCAGCGAACAAAGUCCAGGAUCGAGCAGGGGAUCGUGGAUCGCUCUGAAACUGGGGUUUUGGACAAAAAGGAAGGGGAGCAGGCCAAGGCGCUUUUUGAGAAAGUGAAGAAGUUCAGGAUUCACGUUGAGGAAGGCGACAUAGUCUACCGUCUUUACAUACGUCAGACCAUCAUCAAAGUAAUCAAGUUCAUACUGAUAAUUAGCUACACAGGCUAUUAUGUAAGCUGCAUCAAGUUCAGCGUGGUGUGCUCAGUGAACAUGGAGAAACUGACAGGGUACCGUCUGUUUCAUUGUGCACAUCCAUUGGCUACUCUUUUCAAGAUCUUGGCCUGUUUUUACAUUAGCCUGGUUAUAGUUUACGGUCUCAUCUGCAUGUACACGCUCUGCUGGAUGGUGAGACGCUCCCUCAAACGCUACUCCUUUGAGUCGAUCCGCGAGGAGAGCAGUUACAGUGACAUCCCCGACCUCAAGAACGACUUUGCCUUCAUGCUACACAUGAUAGAUCAGUAUGACCCUUUGUACUCCAAACGCUUUGCCGUGUUCCUGUCAGAGGUCAGCGAGAACAAGCUGAGGCAGCUGAACCUCAACAACGAGUGGACGUUAGAGAAGCUGAGGCAGCGAAUCACCAAGAACUCCCAGGAGAAACUGGAGCUUCAUCUCUUCAUGCUCAGCGGGAUCCCUGACACGGUGUUCGAUCUGGUGGAGCUGGAGGUCCUGAAGCUGGAGCUGAUCCCGGACGUGACGAUACCCCCCAUCAUUGCCCAGCUCUCCAACCUGAGGGAGAUGUGGCUUUACCACACUCCAGCUAAAAUCGAAGCUCCAGCUCUGGCUUUCUUAAGGGAGAAUCUCAAGUCUCUCCACAUCAAGUUCACAGAUAUCAAGGAGAUCCCACUGUGGAUCUACAGCCUGAAGAACCUCAGCGAGCUUCACCUGACCGGAAACCUGAGCGCCGAGAACAAUCGCUUCAUCGUGAUCGACGGGCUCCGGGAGCUCAAGAGCCUGAAAGUGCUGCGUCUGAAAAGCAACCUGACCAAGCUUCCUCAGGUGGUGACCGACGUGGGCGUGCACCUUCAAAAGUUGUCCAUUAACAACGAGGGCACCAAGCUGAUGGUGCUCAACAGCCUCAAGAAGAUGGUCAACCUGACAGAACUCGAGCUCAUUCGCUGUGACCUCGAGCGCAUCCCGCACUCCAUCUUCAGCUUGCACAACUUGCAGGAGAUCGACCUGAAGGACAACAACCUGAAGACGAUAGAGGAGAUCAUCAGCUUUCAGCACCUGUACCGCCUCGUGUGCCUGAAGCUCUGGUACAACCAGAUCGCCUACAUCCCCAUCCAGAUCGGAACGCUCACCAACCUGGAGAGGCUCUACCUGAACAGGAACAAGAUCGAGAAGAUUCCCAGCCAGCUCUUCUUCUGUCGCAAGCUGCGCUUCUUGGAUCUGAGCCACAACAAUCUGACGAGCAUCCACCCAGACAUCGGCUUCCUCCAAAACCUGCAGUAUUUUGCUGUGACAGCAAACAGGAUUGAGACUUUGCCCCCAGAGCUGUUUCAGUGCAAGAAACUCCGCACUCUGAAUCUGGGGAACAACUGCUUGCAGACGCUGCCGUCGCGCUUCGGGGAACUCACCGGGCUGACCCAGCUGGAGUUGAGGGGCAACCGUCUUGAGUGCCUCCCUGUGGAGCUCGGCGAGUGCCGGCUGCUGAAGAAGAGCGGCCUGGUGGUGGAGGAAGACCUGUUCAACACGCUGCCGACGGAAGUCAAGGAGCAUCUGUGGAGGGCUGAUAAGGAGCAAGUUUGAGCCAAAACAUAAAUGCUGGUAGGAAAUUUAAAGAGGCUUGUUGAAGCGAGGACAACCUUAAAGAGAGACGCAGCUGCAUUGGCCGUGAAGGCAAAAGUAAACUGACAGCUUGUCUGCUUCAGGAGCAGACAGGACCAUAAAACUAAGAACGUGGAAUAUCCACACAUACGAUUGAUUAGUAAGCUUUUCCUGAUUGCGAAGUUGCCGAGAAUCUGGAAGCUGCUGUUAAAUAUGCAUGCCACAGUGGGAUCAUUCUGAAGCAAAACUUGUUCAUCGGACGACUUUGCACGACUCAGCUCUGCCAGUGAGCUAACUGUGCUUUUUUUUUUUUAAAUUAUUUUACCGAGCACAGGGUACUUGCACAAAUGAAACAUGUUUAACGCUGAAUUCACCCAUCCCUCCUCUGGACUUCACAUCUUGGAGGAACUUUUGUUUUUGCAGUUGUAGCACAAAGUGGCUCGCUGUGUCUGAGGAUGUUAUCAAGCCAAUUGUUUCGCGACUCAAACCUAAUCUGGUCAGGCAUGAAUUUGUUUUUUUUCCAUCCGUCUCUUUAAUCUCAUUAUGCUUUGAUGCAUCUUCCAAUGGGCACAAAAUGACUGACCACGAACAAAUCAUCGCACAGGUAUUAAUUCUGAGAAAACCGCUGGAAAUGAUUGCAAAAAGACUUAAGAACAAACUCUACAUCUAAAAACACCCUGCAGUUAUAAAUUCUCUCAUCAGCUCGUGUGACAAGCUGUAACUUGCAGAGGAAGAAGUGGAAGCGGCUUCAGUAUUUGUCUUCUGCUCCGUUCUUUUCAUCACCAAAAAUUAUUUUUGCUUAAAUGUGCAACAAGGAAACAACGUGACUCAGAAUCAAACACUAUAAACAUUUUGUUAACGCUCGGCUUGAGUUGAAGGCAAAGUAUUAUGACUGAAGAGAGAACAAGAGGUGGGUUCAGAAACACAGUUUCAGCAAAUAAGAGAACCGCCCACUGAACUCUUGCUGUGAACUUCUGGAAGAUGUACACUUAGUCAGAUAAUUUAAGUGACCUUUGUUCAUUUCAGAGCAUAUUUUACUUUAAAGAAUGAAAUGUAACUCUAAUGUACACUAAGUCACAUUAUGGCACCAACUAUUCAGCUCCAUUUGUUUUCAGAUUAACAUAUUCAAUGUCAUAAAAACUUAGUUACCCCCUUACAGAAUUCUUUUGUUUUUGUAAGAUUAUCAGAUAAAUUUUAAUAUCAGACAAAUAUCAACCAAGUAAACACAACAAGCUGCUUUCAAAGAGCGAUUUAAUGAUUUAUUAAGAAAACAAAUCUAUUAAAAACUAACAUGGGCCUGUAAUUAACUGAGACUGAGCAUAUCUUGGAUUACUUUCACUUGUCAAACUGCCUGUCCCAAAUUAAGUAGAACCUGUUUGACAACAUGAAGUAGGUUAGAAGAUCUCAAAAAGCAGCACAAUACCCUAUUUGAAAAAAAUGUAAGAAUAAGAAAUAAAGUCCUUGAUAUUUAUGUGAAAAGGAUCACAAUUCUUUUUAAGGCUUUAGAACUCUAUCAAACUCUAUCUUUAGAUAUUAUCCACAUGCAGAUAUGUUUGAUGAUCAGAAACCUUUAAGUAUGCUGAAAACACAUAAACAGAAGAAAUCUUUAAGGGGGGAAAAAAAACUUUUUCCUGCCAACAUAUGCCAAUCAUGCAAACCAUAAGCAUCAUGGAAACUACUCGCCAAAAUGAUUCACACCACGACUUACAUUCUGAAUCAGGAGAUCUUGGAAAGCUAAUUUUGGGAGCAUAUAGGAUGUGAAUCAGUCUGAAGGACAGAGGAGUUGCCUGCAGACUCUCGCUGUAUUGUCAUCAUGCUCGCUUUGCUCCAUGGAAAGAAGUAGACAUUUGUCACUAAUGUGUUUAUUCAUUCACGAUGCAGCCGAGGACAAACAGGAAAUUGCAAAGCGAAGGGAACUAGUUUUGACCGGAUUCCACAAGGGAAGCGGGUUUUUUUAUCGACUAAGAUCGGAGAGUGAGCUAUAUCCACCUUCCAUGCUCCAAAUUAGUGCAGCAUGCCUUGUCUGCUUGAAACACUUUUCUUGUUUAGACCUGGGAUUUAAUAGCAUCAUGUGGAACAAAUGUCUUACGUCUACUCCUGCCAAAUGUCUCUUAUUGCUAAUGUAGCCUUAGUUUUUUAUUGGCUAUAUCCUGUUAAUGAUCACAAACAUCGUCAGGGCUUUUUCUGUUGUGUUGUAAAAUGUAUAGCUCAAAUAUUUAAUGCUUUUUUAUUCUUCACAGCUGUUUUUCUUUUAAUUUGAGCUUUUUAAAGGUACAGUAGGAGGCUGGAACGGGCUGGUAGAAGACUUUCCCAGUAUGUAACUUUGUGCAAAACAAAUGACCUAAUUUCUUUUAUUUAUAACAGAAAAGUAACGCUUUUUGCUAUUGGUACAACAUUAUAUAGACAAUGAAAUGGCAAAGCUAUGUGAUUGUUAUUUAUAACAUACACUUGUUAUUUUAUAGGCUAAAGCAAAAAAUAUAGAAAACCCGCUAAAAAAAGUAGUUUAUAAAAGUAGUUAGCUCUGUUUGUUACCUUCUUUCAGACAGCUGAUUGGCAGUGCCCAGCAGCAUAUGAACGAUAGAAGCAAAGGUCAAACUAAAGUAGAAUUUCUUGAAUCCAAAGGAAUAACUUGACUGAAGAUUAUAGCCGAUUCGAAGCAGUAACUUUUUAAAACCUUGGUACAGUCAUAGAUACUUGGAGAUCCCUCAGCAACAUCAGCAUAAUUUCUGCAGAAACUUCAUUAUUGUGAUUUCUUUCAGAAUAGGGAGUCAGUUUUCAACAACCUGUAUUGGUCCGAUAAGUAGAACUGGGUUGAUUUUACUAAUUUAUGUAUUUUAUAUUGUCGUUGCUUGUGACAGUGAUAAAGCACAGGAUUAUUUGGUUUCUAACUGAAGCAGAGAAGCAAUGUGAGCAGUAUGGUCCUUUUUAAGGAAAAGUAUACAGUAUCAGUUAUUAACCAACACGGCAACAUUAAUUUUGGAUCGGUGCAUCCCAAUUUUAAAAACUUACUUUCAUGCACAGCAUCCGAGAAAUUAGACAUGGUCAAAUAAAUCAUCUAGUUGCCAUUGUCAGACAAUAAAUGACUGGAAAGAGAGCAGUGAAAAUCCGAUACCUAAGCACUAUAGCUCGUGUUGACAACAACUCUCUUCAGUGUAGAAGUUGCUACAGAAGGAGACAAUGUAGUUAGCUAUUUUUAAUAUUAGUAACAUGAUAAAAAAAUCGUAAAUCUUAGUCAUUUUAAGGAUCCAUUUAUUUUACAAAUAAACAGACCUUACUCUUUACAGUUUGUUUGAUUUAAGCUGCUUAAAACAAUUUCAAAUGUCCACUCCAUAAAUAUGUAUUCUUUAUUUUAAAACCACAGCAGCAUGCUUUACUGAAAUGUAUCCUAAAAGAAGGGAAAAAAGUGCAGAUUUUAAAUUUAGUUGUUUAAAGAGACGUUUGUAAUUGGAUGAAAUUGGUACAAAGAGAUGAAAGAUUUAGAAAAUCAGCGAUUGGAAAUUGACCACAAAAUUGUUCCCAGGUCAUCUCUACAGAAGAACAGCAGAAAAACUAUUUUAUUUUAUGCUUGUUAAUGCAAACAUGUAAAUAAGUAACUAGGCAUGGAAAUACAUCAAUAAAAUUUAUUGACAAGCUGCAAAAAAAAAACUAACAAAAAAAAAACACAGUUAGCAGUUGCAUAUAAUCAAAUUGUGUGUGUUUUUCUUUAAUAAUGAGGCAGAGUUUUGCUAAUGUUAAACAGAUCUUGAAGAACUUUAAGAUAAAAUAGAAUAAAAUAAAACCGAAAUAUCUUUUAUUGUCCCACAGUGGGGAAAUUUGAUAUUUGACAUUCUUACAUUCUGAUCUCUUUGGAGAUUUAGAGAAAGUUUUUCUGCAAACAUUUAGCUGAAUGUUUCUCCUCAGUGAAAUCUGUUUCACCGAGGCCUUGGCUAAAUGCUGCUGAUCGCAGGUGAAGUUCUUGCAUAAUGGACUGUGUGUUUCAAUCUUUUUCCUAUAUAUCUAUGAAACGUUUGAGUCUGUUAUGUGUGAGGUGAUAGGAGACGCAAGAGAAGGAUUUAAAUUGCGUUUGCCUUAGUGACAAAUCCAUCCUAAUGAGUGUGCUAUAGAUGGACUCUUCAAUGAUUUUAAUACAGUGCCUUAUAAAACAGAUUGUUUUACAUUUCAUCAUGUUUCAUCCCCAACUUUUAAUGCGUUUCUUUCAAAUUUCAUGAGAUCCAGUAACAAAGUAUCUGAAAGUAGAGAAUAACUGCGAACUGGAAGGAAAAGGAUGGUUUUCAAGUUUUUAACUCAACAGAUCUGAAAAGUGUGGCAUGCAUUUAUAUUUUCUCUGAUGUACUUAGGUCUGGACUAUGAUUGGCCCAUUCUAGCUUGUGAAUGUUUGUUUGUUUUUUUUUUCUUAUCUAAACUAUUCCACUGUAGAUUUGGUUGCAUGUGUACGAUGACUUGCUCAGUUAAAUCAGUUUUGGAUGUUGGAAGCUGGAAUAACGUGACACCCAAGUUGAGGGUGAUGUAGUUGCAAAUCAGAAAUCACUGGUAUCUAUACAUUGUUCUCUCUAUAAGUGCUAUUCAUAACACAAGCUGAUAGUAAUGUAGUUUUCUCCACAUUAUAUGUUAAAACAUGAAAGGAAAAUACUUUAAAGUAGACAUAGCACUAUGUCUGCCACUGGUCAGCAGUGGCAAGUUACAUACAUGAACAAGUUACAUACAUUCUACAUUCAGGACCGCCAUAUUCAGCGGUGUUUUCACGUUGAAGUAAAGCGUUCGUUCUCUGCCAUGUAUAGUGUUUUUGCAUGUGAGCCAGAAAGUUCAAAUCUGGUCCAAUCAGACCAGAGCACCAUCAUUUGCAUGUUUGCUGCUGUGUCCCUUUCAUGAAUGGCUUUGUUCUUGCCUCCCUUCCUUGAAAGCCAGUUCCGUGAAGUGGACAAAUCAUAACGAAACACACGGAGGUUUCUGACUGUAAGGUGACGACGUGUGAAAAAGUUACGUGUCGCGCGGUCAAGACUGAAGCCCUUCAAGUAGAUGAAGAAGCAAUUUUUUUUCUAUAGCACAAAGAGCUGCAUAGACUGUCAUGCUGUAGGUACAUGGAGAGGAUGUAGGAGAGGGUUUAUGUCACUCCAGAGUAAAUUUGAUAUUGUAAGCAAUCAUUAAGGUGGUGCAGUGCAGCCCUCCCUUCUGCAGCCUCCUGCAGAGUGUCAAAUUAAAACGUAAUCACAGCGUUCUUUGUAUAGCUUGUCAUUUCUGUAGUACUUUUUAACGUUGCCCGACGAUAUCUAAUCUGCAUUUCGUCCUCAGUUAAAAAAUACUGUUCAUUGCUAAGGUAGUCACAUAAAGCUUUCCCAGGAUAUCCUUUCCCGCUGAUUCAGAUUUCCCCAACUAGACCUGUCUAUGGAUUGCGAUCGGUGCAUGCUUUUGUUUCUCUGACCUCCAGAGCUUUGCACAGACGUCAUUUCAUCUCUGAGUCAUGCUUUUUAUGGCAGCGAGCUCCCGUUCACCUCGUGUCAGCGUUUGGGAAUCAGGUGAAGGUCUGAGUUAAGGUCAGUGGAAAACCAAAAAAUAGAAAAAAAGGGAAGUAAAGUCAAGCACUUCUGUUUCACUCACAUGGGCGGCCCAUUUCUAUUUAAGCAGUUAUUUAAGCCAUUUAAAAGCUUUUGUUGUCGAUCCGUGCGAAUGUGCUAAAAGUUCUUAAUUUAACGUCUGCCUUUUUUAAAGUGCAACAUUAUAUGAAAAGGUGCCCCGUGUGUAUGUUCUGUACGCCUUAAGUGAUUUUGUUUGUGUAAAAGAGCAUGGUGAGUGAGUGAGUGAGUGAGUGAGUGAGUGAGUGAGUGAGUGAGUGAGUGAGUGAGUGAGUGAGUGAGUGAGUGAGUGAGUGAGUGAGUGAGUGAGUGAGUGAGUGAGUGAGUGAGCGAGCGAGCAUUUACUUGGUUGAGUUUCACAGGUUCAGCUCCACAUCAACGGUCAGAGCAAAUUGUCUUCAGGUUCUUUUGUUUUUUUUUUUUGUGGAUGGAUAUGCUGACACGGCUGAACAGAACCAGAAUCAGCUCACGACAAUCUUAACUGGAAGCGAAGGCGAUCUCUGCCUUCUGCGUUGACAUCUCUUAAUACCUAAAAUAUGCGUGUAUUUACAUUUUGAGGUGAUCACAUUUUCAUUUUAAUUCCUCAUAAUUCCAGUAUUAACUUAUUUUUGAAGAAAAAAAAGUGUUUUCUUUUUUUAAGUGCUGAACUGCCAUGAUUUCAUUUAAUCUCUGGCUGUCUCUGUACCUUUUAAAUACAUGAUUGUAUUUACUGUCUACAGUGAGUUUAUCUCCGUAUUCUGAUGCCUGUAGAUCAGGGAAUUACAAAAAAAAAACAACUGUUGGUUUUAUUUUUCUUCAUGUGACUUCUUAAUAAAGCAUGGGUUUGUUCAAGCUAAACUGAUGUGCAGUAUAGCCAUACUAAAAACCACAUAAUUAACCCUUCGAAAACCAUCUCUUUGAAUAUAAACUGCAAGCUAAAUGGACACAUUUUUGUCUGGAUCAUAUGUAACAAUGCCUUUACGAUGACAGUGUUUGCCGAGUGAAUGAAACACUGGCUUUUUAAGUGUCUGUAACGGCGAAUGUUCAGAUCCUACUUUUGUACACAUGAUAAUAAAAUGAACAGUUAACACUA